CACCUAGCUACGACCUAGCAAUCUAACUCGCUCAUCAUAUCACACAUUUUUCCCAUCUAGAGUAGACUAGACUGCAAGAAACAUGAGGGCGUACGUGAAUGUGACGAUGACCGUCGUCUUGCUCGUCGUGUGCCUGGCGGCGAUCGGCCAGUUGGGUCGCGUGGAGGCCGGGAGAAGCUACAGAGAAGGGCAGCAAGCCGACGGCGAGGCGAGCAAGCUUGCGCUGAAGAUCUGCGUCCGUCGGGACUGCGAGACCAAGGCUGAACCCCUCUACACCUCCUGUUUCUGCUGCAUGAGCUUGCCGAAGAUACCGUGCUAUUUCACGCGGGAUGAGUGCAAGGCGGAGUGCCCCUACACGGGGCGGCCCGCACUGCCCGCCUCCGCCGUCGGCAACGGGACUGCCUAGUGCCUACGCGCAUGAGCAGAUGGAUGGCAACUGAUGCGGUGAGGUGUAGUACGCAGGAGCUGCGUGAUCGUAAAGGUGAUCGUGGUGGACAAGUUGGCCCGUCUCUUGUCUUAGGAGACUAAUUUGUGCUAAUUCUGCCCGCCUGGGGGCAUGGAAUAAACUUACACUUGUAUU